GCUUUUAUUUUCCGCUUUCUUUUUACCGCUUUAAAUUCCGAUCCCUCUUCGCAAUCGCAGUAACCCCUCUCUCUGAAUCUACCGUCUCUUCUUGCGAUCUGAUCCUGCCCUCCCUGGUCCGGAAAGUUUUGUUACUGUUCUUCGUUUAUAACCUGUCGAAGCUCCUGUCCUCGAUCGGCUUUUUCAGCUUAUGGAUCUCGAGAUUGUUUCUUUUGUUGAGGCUAUCUCAAGUGAAAUCAGACGUUGCUUCUCAGUGAAUAUUGAAGUAUAAACUAGGCAAGUUUAAAAUGGGACGUGGCAUAAGCAGUGGAGGGGGUCAGAGCUCCUUGGGGUACUUAUUUGGUGGAGAUGAGGCUCCAAAAUCUGCAUCUGACGCUGAUGCACCAGUUCAAAAGCCAGCUCCUCCACCUCCUAUCAACAAAGAGAUUCCAGCAGGCAUUCAAAGCAGUCAAGCUAAGAACUUCUAUAGUGCAGAUGGACAGAACUGUACCAAUUUUAUAACUGAUCGACCUUCGACUAAGGUGCAUGCUGCUCCUGGUGGUGGUUCUUCGCUUGGUUACCUAUUCGGCGAUGGUGGUAAAUGAUGUCCAUCUUAGCUGGUCUGGACAUUGUGACUGUUGGCACCGAAAAUCACUGCUCCUGGCUCUUAUCUGAUAAACUAUGUUAUGCAAUUUGUAUUUGAUAAACCUUCUUAGCAUGUAUAGCUUUGAUGUGCAAAUGCACCAAAUAGAUUGGUGCAUAUUGAUGAUACAAGAAACAGGCACUUGUGAUUUGUUCAUUGUGUCGUUAUCAAUCUCGUGUCCCUAUACACAUUGAGUGUAGUCUCCACUGGAGAUGAGCGCAAUAAGGUUAACUUCUUCCUAACUAUGCUAUUAUACAGUUUCGAACUUUAACA